GGGGGCCUCGGGGCUGGGGGCCUCGGCGCUGGGAUCCGUGACACCGUCUCAAGCUUUCCAGGGGCGGGAGGGGGCAGCCAUGCUCUUGUCGGGGGGUAAGCCCCCAGCGCAGGAAUGGUUCAUGGUGCAGACAAAAUCGAAGCCCCGGGUGCACCGGCAGCGCCUCCAAGUCCAGCGCAUCUUCAGAGUCAAGGUGAACGCCUUCCAGAGCCGUCCCGACACCCCCUACUUCUGGCUGCAGCUCGAGGGGCCCCGAGAAAAUACGGGCAAAGCCAAGGAAUAUCUGAAGGGUCUGUGCAGCCCAGAGCUGUGGAAGGAGGUUCGCUAUCCACCAGUCCUGCAUUGCGCCUUCCUUGGGGCACAAGGCUUGUUCCUGGAUUGCCUCUGCUGGAGUACCCUGGCCUACCUAGUACCUGGCCCCCCUGGCUCCUUGAUGGUGGGUGGGCUGACUGAAUCUUUCACCAUGACACAGAACUGGCUGGAGGAGCUGGUGGCACGGCUGCGCUGGGGCCCUGCCUCAACGGUCACCCCCCGGGAGGCUUGGGAGACAGAGGUGACCCGGGCCUUCGGGGCCCUGGUGUGGAUCCGUGGAGACCAGUAUUCGGGAGACCUGCUGCAGCUUCCCCCGGCCGUCCAGGAGCUGCUUCUCAGCCUGGUGCGAGACGCUGCUGGCCAGGAGGACGUCAUGGAGUGGCUCAGCCACUUUGGCAUUUCUAGCAGCUGCUCCAGCCCAGAGGUCCUCAUCUGCCCUGCCCAGCAGCAGAAGGAAGGCUCGUCUCUGGUGACCAUAGGAGACAGCCCUGGACCCUGCUUAGAGAUAGGAACCUGGAAUCAGGCUGCAGAACAUUCAAAGAGAGUAACAAGUUUGGGAGCAGCUGGGCCCCCGAUCCCAGUUCCGAGCACUCAGCAGGAGACAGCACACCAGCCAGCACGGGUCCAGUCCAACAAGCAAGGGGACAUGAACCGCGUUCAUGAGGAGGGACCCAUUGUGCAAGCCAUCAGCAACCAGGACUCUGCAAACCACACACAAGCCCUCUUGCAGCAAAGGCAGAUACAGAGGGUAGAAGACAGAAUCUCAUUGCAGUCGCCGGUCUCAGCUCUGAGCGCAUGUCCAUCCUGGAAGGCCUGGACCCCUGGGCCAGCCUGUGGGCCCUUAUGGCCAGGGACUAUUGCUGCAACCUUCUGGAAGAUCAAUGAGCUGCAUUCUCUUCACCUGGCCUGGCUCCUAUCCCAGGCUUGCUUCAGUUUCCCCUUCUGGCAGAGGCCCAUGGGCCCCAUUCAGCUGAAGCUGCCAGGACAGAAUCCUUUGCCCUUAAACCUGGAGUGGAAGUCGAAAGCACUGGCUCCUCUGCCCAGUGCAGAAAGUCCAGCUUGUAAACCAGAUGGGGAGCUAGGAAGGGAGACAGCCCUAAAGCAUAGCACGAGGCCAGAGACACCCACAAAAAUCAUCAGUUUAUCUGUGGUGCCGGGAGAUUGUGGUAUCAAAGAGAAGAUUGGUCCAGGACUUCCGCAAGCAGGGCCGUCUUUGGCAUCUAUGCCCCAAGCUGGUGUUAAGCAAGGAGAUGAAAGAAGUGCAUUGUCAGAUUCCAAAGACCUGGAAAAGCUAACUUCUUCAACACUGCCCACAGAGCAAGAGGGACCCACAGCUCAAGGGAGGCCCGUGGCUCAAGCCAGGAUGACAGGUCAGUCGGUGUCCGAAACUCUUGGAAUGUCCAUGGCUGCAGCAGUGUCCAAAGCUGAACACCUACCCGCUGGGGAGGGGCUGCCUGCAGCUCCCGAAGUGCCUGCAACUCCAAAGAAGUUUGCAGUGAACACAGAGCCCACAGCUCCCGAAGUGCCUUUGGCUCCAGCAAAGCCAGCAGCUCCUGUGGUGCCCACAGUCCCAAACAUAGCUAUGGGUCACCCCGCAGCUGCUACCACACCCACAAUGCCCCAGUCUCCUACAGCUCAGAAGAUGCCUUCAGUGAAAACACCCGCAGGUCCCCAAACCCCCAAAGUUCAAACUGGGGCCGUAGCCAAAACAGGGUCUGCAGCUCCCAAAGCACCUGCGACCACCAAACUACCUGCAGCUCCCAAAGCCUCCAGACCUUCUAAACCAUCAGCAUCCCAGAAGGGGUCCACUGUCACAGGGCCGACCGCGGAUGCAACCAAAGUCCGCAGUGAGGUCCAGGCUUCAAAGAGUAGCACUACAGCGCCCAAAGGCCAGGGAAAGGCUGGAAGGCAGGGUCUACAACCCAGUACCAGCUUGGCCUCCAGGAAUAAGCAUCAGUUCCUGAAGGAAGGACUUCUUGGGGCUUGGGAGGGGCCCCAGAGGCAGUCACCUCACCAGCCACAGGCCAACAACACGGUGACCAGCUUCCAGAGGUUCAAUGAGGCCUUGGACACACCGUUCGAGAUGAACUUGUCUGAGGAGCCUGGGAAUCCAAGGCUGAGGAGAGUGGUCAUUGAUGGCAGCAGUGUGGCGAUGGUGCACGGACUCCAGCACUUCUUUUCUUGCCGAGGCAUUGCCAUGGCAGUGCAGUAUUUCUGGAACCGAGGACACCGGGAGGUCACUGUGUUUGUGCCCACCUGGCAGCUGAGGAAGACCCGGAGGGUGAGAGAGAGCCACUUUCUGACGAAGCUUCACUCGCUCAAGAUGCUGUCAAUCACUCCCUCCCAGCUGGAGAAUGGCAGGAAGAUUACCACCUAUGAUUACAGGUUCAUGGUCAAGCUGGCAGAGGAGACAGACGGGGUCCUUGUCACUAAUGAGCAGAUUCACAUCCUAGUGAAUAAUUCCAAGAAGCUGAUGGUCAGAGAUCGCCUGCUGCCCUUCACCUUUGCCGGGAAUCUCUUCAUGGUACCAGAUGACCCCCUGGGCCGUGAUGGCCCCACCUUGGAGGAAUUUCUGAAGAAGCCAAACAGGUUGGAUAUGGACAUAGGCAAUUUCUUGAAGGUCUGGAAGACCCUCCCUCCCAGCUCAGCCGGCGUCUCCGAGUUGAGUGAUGAUGCUGAUCCCGAGCCUUUGGUGGGUCUACAGAGUGUGGAAGAAGUCGGGGAGCAGAAGGAGGAGGAAAGCCUGGAGGAGGAGCCGAUGGAGGGGCCAGGAAUGCCAACGCCUGAGGAGCAAGAUGACCAUGACUCUUCCCUGGUGUCGGCAUUCGAAGUCGAAUGCCCUUCCUUCCCCGAGGAGAUCCUCCAGUGUCUCAGCCUGCAGGACCCCUCUGAGGAGGCUUUAGACAUCGACCUCCUGCCGGUUGUGUCGUCGCCCUCCCUGGAUGUCCCCUGGGAUGGGAAGCCCCCCUGUCAGCAGGUUCUUGCCCAGCUUGCACAGCUCGCCAUCCCCAGCAACUUUACCGCACUCUCCUUCUUCAUGGGCUUUAUGGAUUCCCACCGGGAUGUCAUCCCUGACUAUGAAGUCCUUGUGGGCCCCCUGCACAGCCUCCUCAGGCAGAAGCCGGACUGGCGGUGGAACGAGGACCAUGAGAAGGCCUUCCUGGCCCUGAAACGAGCCCUGGUGUCCGCCCUCUGCCUGUUAACCCCCAACGCCCUUCUACCCUUCUACCUGGAGGUGACCGUCAGCCAAGUGUCACUGACAGCCUUCCUGCAGCAGGAGCACUCAGGAAGGAAGCACCCCAUCGCCUAUACCUCAAAACCUCUCCUCCCCGACGAGGACAGCGAGGGUCCCCAGUCAGGGGGGGACAGCCCCUAUGCUGUGGCUUGGGCCCUCAAGCAUUUUUCCCAAUGCAUUGGAGACAAUCCAGUCGUUCUGUGUCUUUCCUAUGCCUCCCGGACCACUGUGGACAACGAGACACAGGAGAGCCGUAAGGUUUCCAAAGCGUGGUUGAUUCGAUGGUCUCUCUUGGUUCAGGACAAAGGCAAGAGGGAGCUGGAGUUGUCCCUUCUCCAGGGCCUGCUGGGGGAAAACCAGCUGUUGACGGCCGCUUCCUCCAUGCCUCGGGUUUUCCAGCUUCUGCCUCCCUUUUCUGACCUGUCUGCUUUCAUCUGCGUCCACAUAUCUGGCUACUGCUUCUACCGUGAUGAAGACGACGAGUUGCGUGCUGGUUUUGGUCUCUACGUCCUGUCCCCCACCAGCCCCCCGGUGUCACUUGCCUUUUCCUGUUCCCCUUAUACAUCCACCUAUGCCCAUCUGGCGGCUGUGGCCUGUGGCCUAGAGCGCUUCCGCCAGUCCCACCUCCCCGUGGUUUUCCUCACCCACUGCAACUGGAUCUUCAGCGUUCUCUGGGAGCUCCUGCCGCUCUGGAAAGCCCGGGGCUUCCUCUCAUCCGACGGGGCUUCUCUACCUCAUCCAAGCUUGCCCUCCUAUAUCAUAUCCCUCACUUCCGGCUUCUCAUCCCUUCCCUUUAUCUACCGAACCUCUUACCGGGGAUCUCUGUUUGCCGUGACAGUGGAGACUCUGGCCAAGCAGGGUGCCCAAGGGGGCGGGGAGUGGUGGGAUUUGCCAAAGGAUGCUCCAGUGCCAGUGGUGACCCCCCGUACUAAAGGCAGGAAGCCCAACUUGCUGGCCCUACAGCUGAGAGACAGUCUCUUGGCUGAUAUCAUCACCAAGCUGCAGGUGGGGCAGAAAUUGUCUGGGCCCUCUCCCUUCAGCUCUGCCUUUCAUUCACUCAGCCUGGACAAAGACAGUGGCCUGCUCAUGUUUAAGGGGGAAAAGCAUCCCAGGGUCUGGGUGGUCCCGAGGCAACUGCGAAGGGAUCUGAUUUUCUCCGUGCAUGACGUCCCCGUGGGGGGCCACCAGAGGCCAGAGGAGACCUAUAAGAGGUUGCGGCUGCUGGGAUGGUGGCCUGGCAUGCAGGAGCAGGUGAGAGAUUACUGCAGGAGCUGCUUGUUUUGCAUCCCCCGGAACCUCACAGGCAGUGAGUUGAAAGUCAUCGACUCCCCGUGGCCUGCCAGGUCGACCGCCCCCUGGUCGAGCCUGCAGAUCGAGGUGGUGGGUCCCGUCACUGUAAGCGAGGAGGGGCACAAGCACGUGCUCAUCGUGGCUGACGCCAACACCCGCUGGGUGGAGGCCUUCCCUCUGAAGCCCUACACGCACAUGGCUGUGGCCCAGGUGUUACUGCAGCACGUGUUUGCAAGAUGGGGCGUUCCCGUAAGGCUGGAGGCAGCCCAGGGCUCCCAGUUCGCCCGGCACGUCCUGGUGAGCUGUGGGCUGGCCCUGGGAGCCCAGGUGACGACACUGAGCAGGGCCCUCCAGCUCCCCUGCCUGAUGAGCUCAGAGGCCUACUGGGAAUUCAAGAGGGCCCUCAAGGAGUUCAUCUUCCUGCACGGCAAGAAGUGGGCAGCCUCCCUGCCUUUGCUGCACCUGGCUUUUAGGGCCUCCACCACGGAGGCCACACCAUUCCAGGUCCUGACUGGGGGCGAGAUGAGGCUGACGGAGCCCUUGUGGUGGGAGAUGAGCAGUGCGAACAUCGAAGGGCUCAAGAUGGAUGCUUUCUUGCUGCAGCUGGUGAGGGAGCUGCUGGACCUCCACUGGAGGGUGGCGGAAAAAGCAAGCGAGAAGGCCGAGAACAGACGUCUCAGGAGGGACAGCCAGGAGAAGGCGUGGAGUGUGGGCGACCAGGUCCUCCUGUUGUCUCUCCCCAGGAAUGGCAGCAGUGCCAAAUGGGUGGGUCCCUUCUAUAUCGGGGACCGACUGAGCCCAUCACUCUAUAGGGUGUGGGGCUUCCCGACCCCAGACAAGUUGGGCUGUAUCUAUCCCAGCAGUCUAAUGAAGGCCUUUGCCAAGGGUGGCACAGCCCUGUCCCUCAAGGACCUGGAGCAGUGAGUUCGAGCCGGUGGGGAGCUCCCUGCUCCAGCAGUCCUGGUUUCUGCUGCUAGUCCCCCUUCUGCCGUAAGCAGUGCUCUCAGCUCUUUGGGGGGGCCCUCAUUGUGCCUUUUGUGGAGAUGUCGCUUCAUAAAGCUUUGCUGAAUUGCCUUGACCUAGGGAUGAACUGUCCCCAUGGAAACACCCCUAGAUUGGGGUGUUUGGAGAAUGUGCCAAAGUUGUCCUAUGUGAGCUCCGGCAGUUUUACUCUUGGGAGCAGAAUGUCUCCUUAAUAAAGUAGGUCAGGCUCACGCUCUUCCCUGCGUGCCGUCUCGUCCCUUCAUAGACACACAGGUGUGUACUGGUGUGUGUGUCCUCCCCAACAUCUUACGCUAUUACACCUAAUAGUGUGGAUUUGGAUCUCGCAGUGGCCACCACAGCCCUCUGCCAUGUGAGCGCCUCCUCCCCUCACGCUGUGCAUUCUGCGAGCCUUUGCACUUGGAGUUCUCGGUGGCACAGACAUACUAUACUGGCAAUGGGGAGCAGCCUUCUCCAGUCAGUCUCAUCUGCCUUCCCCGCCAUUAAGACGGGGUUGUAGCCUCCCCAGGCCUCCAGGACAGUGGCUCUGGGUGGAGGUGAUCAUCCCUAGGCCACCUCCCUGUUUGUAAGGGAAGGCAGAAGGAGAUGAGUUGGCCUACCUCAUUUGAUUCCAGUCAGGGGAGAUGAUUCCUGACCUCUGCUGUGAUGGUGAGCUCCUCCAGGAAUCAAGGACCCCGGUGCCAAGUGUGUCAUCUGUACUGGAAGAGCUGCUUCUGUUAGGUCCAGUGAUGCCCAUGCUCCGCUUUGGAGGGGGGCAUCUGACACACGGCCAGGUGCCGGGUGGUUUUACCUCUUACUGCUCUCGCCCGCUUCCAACGCCCACAACGCUCUCCUCCUGCCUGCACUGUGCCCAUCUCUUGCUUUGUCUUGCUCAGCUGCAGUGCUCUGUGCAGAGGUCACACGCGCAGUGGGAGUGAGCCUCUCACAGGCACGCGUGCCUGUUCUCAUCCCUCAGCAUUUCCGCACCGCCGAGCUGUCAGUCUGCAGAGGAAGGCUAGAACCCUGCUGUUCUGGCUCGGGUUCCUCAUAGCCCUCGAAGAGCCGAUCCAGUUUUCUUCCCGAGCGUAGGUUGCAGAAUGCUGGGACCAGAGGAGAAGUUGCCAUGAAGUCCAGCUUGUUUCACUGCCGAGGAAGGAGGGAAAUGGCUUGCCCAGAUUCAUACUGCUCAUUGGGGGCUGAGUUGGGACCCAGAUGAACCUCCCUGACCUCAAGUUCGCCACAAUAGGGUUCUGGCAACAGCUUCAAGCAUGAGAGCUCUUUCAGAUUUUGUACCUCCGUUCCCUGUGAUGCCAUCUCCCAGCUAUUCUGGAUAAACUACCUGAUGGGAUGAGUGCUGGGUGCUGCCUGCAGCUGAAAGGCUAGCUGUAGAGGUUUUAGCAGACAUUGUACUUCUUCACCCCCCACCACCUCUUUCCCGCCUCUUCAUAUAGUACGCCAAGCUCACCGUCUCACCCAGGCCUGUAUCCAAACCCUUUCCUGUUAAGUACAGUUUUGCUCUUUCAAGGAAUUUUUAUUUUAUUUUUCAAUAAAUCAAUGAAAAUG